UUGGAAAUUUCGAAACUUGUUUCACUGGGUGUGAAGUAAAUAGCUAUGAGUUUUGCAGAGUACAAAGAACGGAUUUCUGAGGGUGAUACUGUUAUCCUUUCCUUAGGUCAUAAUUCCAUGCAAGCUCUAACAGUUACACCAGGCAAGGUUCAUCAGACAAAACAUGGUGCAUUGCCACAUGCUGAUAUGAUUGGAAGAAGAUUUGGAACAAAGAUGUACACACUAAACAGAAAAGGCUGGUUAUACCUCCUUCACCCCACCCCUGAGCUAUGGACAGUUAACUUACCUCACAGAACGCAGAUUCUGUACUCCACAGAUAUCAGCAUGAUCAUUCUACAGUUGGGUAUCAAACCUGGAUCUGUUGUUGUAGAGUCAGGGACUGGAAGUGGCUCCAUGUCGCAUUGUUUAAUACGAACCAUUGCUCCAUCUGGCCAUCUUCACACAUUUGAAUUCCAUUCAGAACGAGCUGAAACAGCAAGGAAAGAAUUUGAGAAUCACAAGAUUGGUCAUCUAGUGACAGUAAGUUGUCGUGACGUCUGUAAAGAAGGAUUUGGCCUCACUCAAGUUGCUGAUGCAGUCUUUCUUGACUUACCUGCACCAUGGGAUGCAAUAAAAUCCAGCAAAGAAGCACUUAAAUCGGAAGGUGGAAGAAUCUGUUCCUUUUCUCCUUGCAUUGAACAAGUGCAGAAGACUUGUGAGAUCCUGAGGUCUUGUGGAUUUAGAGAUAUCGAAGUCAUGGAGUGUCUUUCCAGAACAUUUGAUGUGAAAACCGUUCCUUUACAAGUUCCUUACCUGGGUCCGGAUGUUUCUGAGUCACAAGAAAUGUCAAUGGACUCAUCAUCGCGGAAGAGAAAACUUGAUACGGAAAGAGCAUCGAGUGACGAGACAUCGUCAAGUUUGCCAGAUGAUCGAGAAAACGCUGGCGACCAGUCGACAGAAUCUUUGGCGAGUGAAAAUAUUCCCACUAAUCAGGAAUUUCCUAGCAAUGAUGAGACACUCGUGAAAUCCGAAAUCUCAAACAGCGGGAGAACGGAGACAUCGAGGCCCAGUCCUCGUAAAUUUACGGACACUGACCCUGCGACGGGACUGGUGCGAAAUGUAAGGGCAGUGAUGUCACAGAAAGCUAACAAAGCGAACAUUUUGACAGGCAGACCGCUGAAGGAGAUGCAGGGUCAUACGGGGUAUUUAACAUUCGCCACGCUGUUUGCGCAGAACUUGAAUGUCGAUACAAUAAGCGGCGAUGGAAAAUAAUAAAAUAAGUAAUUAAACACGCGGCGUUGUUUACAAUUUAUUAUUAUGAAUUUUAUAUAUUUAUGCUCUCAGGCGAAAUACGACGCGGGCUUUAAGCUGUAGGCAUGUGUUAUAUAUUCUCAUUUAUGGUAUAAAUAUUUCAUGCAAAAAAUAAAUUGACUCUACAAUGUAAGACACAAGUCUCAAUCCUCUGCAUUAUUCAAUUCUCUUCGUUAUAUAUGUCUAAAAUGGGUUCAAAAAGGAUUAUAAAAAUCAAAUGAUCUUUGGCCCUUGCUAUUAAAUGUGAAUAAAGGGGCAGGGUAAUAUUUUAGCUAAUUUUUUCGCUAUGGAAACUCGCAGCGAGAGCAAAUGAUUUUUUUUUUCUUUUAAUUACUAGCCGCGAUAACAAUCUUAAACAACAUGUGUACGAUUCUCUACAGAGCAGAGACUUGAGUUUGGAAAUAAUUUUAAUCACGUCGAAUCUCGAACGACCUUCAGGCGGGAAAGGAAUUGACUGUGCUGACGACCGGCAGGAUAUUCGUGUGGCGAUUACUUUGCGGUUAUCCUUAAUUUAUUAAUACUCAUCGACGAGGCCUACAAAAGUUGAUAGUAUUAUUAUUAUUAUUAUUAUUUAUAUAAAAACGUAACGUUUUAACGGGAGAUAAUAUUAGGGAGGAUGAUUUUUCUUUCGUUUAAUCCCUGGGCAUGCAUACAGUUCCCCAAUUCCAUGCAUUUAUAUAAGGCAAACUUUUGUUUUCACCUGUUCAAACAUAAUCUUCUACCAUUUGUUCCCAACUGCACCUCUCCACAAUCCUCGCGGCCAUUUCUAGUGAUGUCCCGCCUUGAACAUACGUACACACUGUGUAGUAAGUAUCAAAUCUUAGAGUU